UAGGUCCUAACUAAAAAGUGAAUUUUGGGAGGUGCAUGUUGCACAUCCGAUCCAAAAGGCCGUUUUAUAUAAAGAGAAGUUCAAAAUCAAAAGCAAUUAGUCCAUAGCUGUACCCUUUCCUAGUAUUAUAUACAUUGCUAUUCAACUUAAAACAAGAAUAACCAGUAUAUUCAAAAUCUUGAAAUAAUAAUGGAGGUGAAUGUUUCAAUUUACAAGAUAACUCUUAAACUCCGUAGGUACUCUUCCCAGAAAGCUUACUGUUGAUGAAAAAAUAGGCAAAAUAUUCUUCCUUCUUUUCUUGUCUACAGUUAAUACAGUUUAAGUUUCUUCAUGUCAUUUUUAUAGAAGUUCAAGUAUCAAUUUGCUAGCCAACUGUAAUUUUCUUGUUCUUGGUCUUUAUAGUUGAUAAUUGUGGUGUCUGGCCAGCUUUCACGCACCUAGAUUAAAUCCACGCAUAUGUGCCACCUCCUACCAACUACGAGCAAACAAGAGAUACAAGGUAAUUCUGUCCACCAAGGCUAGGACAAUCAAGAUUUGAUUUUUAUUGUUCAAGAUUAUGGUUUGAUUUGGAAACUUGCAUGAGUGGUACAAUUCUGUUUUUGGGUGUUGGUUUUCUUGGAUUCUUGAUUUCAUUUUGUGUUGCUGAUUACUAAAUAGAGUUGGUUGGUUGGUUCAAUCAAGACUGUUGAUUAUUUUUUGGUGUGGGGUUUGUUUUUUUGAGCUGUGGGAAGAGGGGAGAAUGGGAAAAGAUGAUGGAAUGCUGCUUCUUUCAACAGUAGGACCGCCAAUCAAGCGGCGAGCAGGGUUGAGAAGGAAGCAGGCAGGCAGAGGAUCAUAUAGAGGAAGUUAGGUAUUGGGAUAAGGGAAGAAAAUUGGGGAUUGUGUAGGGGUAUUUUGAGGUUUAGGACUGGAUUUAUUUUGAGAGUUUUGUUGGGGGGUUGGUUGGUGGUGGGGAUAUUGUGUGUUAAGAAAAUAUUUGGUGAUUGGGAAAGAAUAUGGCAAGCCAACUGCAACAAGCACUGAGGAGCCUUUGCUGCAACACUCCUUGGAAGUAUGCUGUUUUCUGGAAGCUCACUCGUCGAGCUCGAAUGAUGUUAACUUGGGAGGACGCUUACUAUGAUAAUGAUGGGUUUCCAGAGAAAAAAUCUCCUGGUAGCACAGCAGGCAACCUUCAUGAUGGACAUUAUUCCAACACUCGUCUCGGAGUAGCUGUGGCAAAGAUGUCCUAUCAUGUUUAUUCACUUGGAGAAGGUAUUGUUGGGCAGGUGGCAGUUACUGGAAAAUAUCUAUGGCUUUCCGCAGACAAAGGUGCAGCUAUCUCUAGCUUGGCUCCUGAGCACUGUGAUGGGUGGCAAGCUCAAUUUUCUGCUGGGAUUAAGACCAUUGUUGUUGCUGCUGUUGCUCCACAUGGAGUUGUACAACUUGGAUCCUUGGAUAUUAAGAUUCCUGAGGAUUUGAGCGUGGUCAAGCAUAUUGGAGAUGUCUUUUCUGCGCUCCAGGAGUUGAUGUCAAGUUGCUUGCAGAGUUCAAUGCAGAACAGCAUGGAAAAUUCUUGCUUGUCAGAGAUAUCGACAAGGACCUCAGGUCCAGAGGUUUUUCAAGACUGCAUAAGUAAUCUAGGUAGAAGUGUUUGUGAAGAUGGGAGAAAUAUGUGGUCUCCUCUAUAUACAUCUGUUGAAAAAUCUGUUGAUCAUUCUGGUAUCUUCUCGCAAACUGGAAGUCACCCAAAUAAAAUACUUGAAGUGGUUGAUAACCAAGGACUUCAUGGGACAGCAGUUCAAGGAUCUGAUGACUGUGACAAUCUGCUUCUUCCAAACUGUGGAAGUUCCAUUAUAAACAACCAAGAAGAAGGGCAGAUGUGGGCAGAAACUGAUCCAAAUUUUGAAGGGCAAACUAGAAACUUGCGAGUCUUAGGAAAGGGCUCUGUAUAUAAAACUGAGCCAACUUUGAGAAAUGAUGCAAGUAUUGGAAGUGUUUCAUAUGAUGCUGGAAAAGUCACUGAACGCCGUCAGCCAAAUAGAAGCAAUCUUGCUUCUGAAGCUUACAAUGGUCAAACCGGAAUGUUGGGUUUGUUGGAUCUUCCCAAUGCAUAUCCAGAUAAUUGUGCAGAGACAAAUUUAAGUCUUGAGACCGAGUGUAAUUACACAAUGCGCACUCCUUUCAGGUUCUGUGCUGGCUAUGAGCUGUACGAAGCAUUAGGGCCAGUUUUCCAGAAAGAGAAUUCUUCCAAGGACUGGGAGGCAGGGAACCGGGAAGAAAUGGCCGUUGAGAUGCUUGAGGGUAUUGGCUCCAGCAAUCUGUUAACUAACAACACUGGCAAUGAGCAUCUUCUAGAAGCAGUAAUAGCUAAUGUUAACCGCCAUGACAAUGAUUGUAACAGUGUGAAGUCAUUCUGUAAAUCUGUCGAUUCCCUCUUGACCACUGAAAUAUCUGCUGAACCUUGUAGCAGUGAUAUAGGCACAAUCAGUUCUACAUGCUAUUCAUUUGGUCGGGAAACAUUGAACAGCUUCAACUCAUCAGGUACAUGUGGUGUUCGGUCUUCUAGGGGUUUUUCAUCAACCAGUUGUAGCAGAGGUAGCGGACAUGUUGAGAGGCCACUCGAACCUGUUAAAAUGCAUAAAAAGAGAGCUAGACCUGGUGAAAGUUGCCGACCUAGACCCAGGGAUAGACAAUUGAUCCAAGAUCGCAUCAAGGAGCUCCGUGAGCUGGUUCCAAAUGGUUCUAAGUGCAGUAUAGACUCACUUCUAGAACGCACUAUCAAACACAUGCUUUUCAUGCAAAAUGUCACCAAGCAUGCUGACAAGCUAAGUAAGUGCUCUGCAUCAAAGUUUUAUUGGUUACGUUGCAUUGAACAUGUUCAGCUGGCUGACAAGGAAUCGGGUACCUGUGGAACUUCCUCCCAUGAGGUUGGUUCAAGCUGGGCAGUGGAAGUUGGACAUAACCAAAAAGUUUGUCCGAUGAGGGUUGAAAAUUUAGGCAUGAAUGGUCAAAUGCUUGUAGAAAUCUUCGAAGACGGAAGGCAUUUCCUUGACAUAGCAGAAGCAAUACGGAGCUUGGGUCUUACAAUUUUAAAAGGUCUGUCAGAGGUUUAUGGUGAGAGGAUGCAUAUGUGUUUUGUCGUUGAGGGGCAGAAUGAUAGAACCUUGCAUCGCAUGGAUGUAUUAUGGUCUCUUAUGCAGCUACUGCAAGCAAAGAUCAACAUAUAGAGCAGAAAAGUCAGAAUAGACAUUUAGCUAAUCAGACUGAGGACUUGGACUCACUUCUAUUUGUGGGUAUCUGCAGAGUCGGGAUACUGAUUUUUCUAAGGUUUUCUGAUUACCAUCUGAUUUCCCUUUUAAAUGAGGGCUCAUUCCCUUUAUUUGUGCAGUGUGAAAAUGAUAAAUUUUAUGUUUCCUGUUUGUUUCAUCACUAAGUGUAUCGGUAUUUUAUGUGUAAUUCUCUCGUGAGAGAAGCAUAUGCUCUUGACGAGGUGAGGCUUUCACAGAGAUACUCCACGUCAAACCAGUAUUAGAGGUUUGAGACACGAGGGUAAGUGGUGAAUCACUAGUGAUCCCUCCAGAUGAUGGGGAGUAAAAAACAAAAAGGUUUAUGCUCUUCAUCAUGUAACUUUUUUCAGUGUGCUUGUUUUCCAGAAUUUUGGCUUGUACAUCAUUGAUUGACCUUCAACAUGGGGUGACUUAUUUGUUACUGUUGAGAUGCCUUGAUGAUAAUGCAUUUCCAAGUUGUGCUACUUUGGGCAGUCAUUCAUUUCUUUGGGCAAGCAUAAUGCAAAAUUCAGCUUAUUGAAUUCUGCUUUUUGUAUC